AAAAAAAGAAAAAAGAAAAAACCAACAGAAAGCAGCAGCCCACCAUUAUUCAUUGUCAUCAUCAUCCAUCGACCGUCAUCUCUCUCAGUUGCCCUUGAAAUCAAUCAGAUUCAAAAAAGCCAAAGCAAACCAUAGUUUUAUAAAAACCCUAAUCCAAUGUAAAAUCCCCAAUUUUUAACUUUAUCCUAUAAUUAAUCUAACCUUGCAUUCUUCUUAAUCCCUGAAAAUACGUACAAAAAUCACCACCUAUCAAUCCUCCAUUUCCUCUCUAUCCGGACCCAGUGAGCACAAGCACAAAAUCUGGAGAGAGAGAGAGAGGGAGAAGGAGAAAUGCCAAGCGUGGCUGUCAAGUUAUACAGUGUCUUCUUCAAGUUCCUCUUGAAGCACCGUUUGCAGAAUCGGAUCCAAACCCCCCAUGAUGAUACUAAUCCCUUCGGCGUUACCACCCGACCCGAGGAGUCUGUCUCCGCUCCUAAUCCUUCCUUUGCCGAUGGCGUCGCCACCAAGGAUAUUCAUAUCGACCCUUUUACCUCUCUCUCAAUACGGAUCUUCCUCCCUGAGUCCGCUCUUAAUCCACCUGAACCUGAUUCUAAGCCCCAAUCUAAAGUUAAAUCCAAGCCUAAUUCUAAAUGGCUUAAUCCCGAUCAAAAUGACAACCCCACUGCCUUCAUCGCCAACCACCACCUCCAGACUCUACGCAGUAAUGGCCUUGGCCCCUCAGCUACAAAUAGCAGUACCGUAUCAUCGCCCAGGGAAGAGUCUAGAAGGCACAGCUACGGUUGCGGCUAUGAUAUGGAGGCUUUCAAUUUGAGAUCGGACGGUGUCGGUGGAGUCUAUAGAGGGUACUCACCGUCCUUUGAUAAGUCGCGGAAAUUACCAAUAAUGUUGCAGUUCCACGGGGGUGGAUGGGUGAGUGGGAGCAAUGAUUCGGUGGCUAAUGAUUUUUUUUGUAGAAGGAUUGCGAAACUCUGUGAUGUGGUUGUGGUGGCUGUUGGGUAUAGAUUGGCUCCCGAGAACAGGUAUCCAGCUGCUUUUGAUGAUGGGCUGAAGGUUUUGAAUUGGUUGGGGAAGCAGGCAAAUUUGGCUGAGUGCAGUAAAUCCAUGGGAAAUGCCAAGGGUGGCACGGAGUUCAAGAAGGCUGAUAUUCAACGCCAUAUUGUGGACUCCUUUGGAGCAUCCAUGGUGGAGCCGUGGCUUGCAGCACAUGGUGAUCCAUCCAGAUGUGUUCUACUCGGAGUGAGUUGUGGUGCAAAUAUUGCAGACUAUGUUGCUCGAAAAGCUGUAGAGGCAGGCAAGCUAUUGGACCCAGUUAAGGUUGUAGCACAGGUUUUGAUGUAUCCAUUCUUCAUUGGGAGUGUCCCCACACAUUCUGAGAUAAAACUGGCAAAUUCCUACUUCUAUGAUAAGCAGAUGUGCAUGCUUGCAUGGAAACUCUUCCUUCCAGAGGAAGAGUUCAGCCUUGACCACCCAGCUGCCAACCCCCUUGUCCCAGGCAGGGGGCCUCCUUUAAAGCACAUGCCCCCAACAUUGACAGUGGUGGCUGAACAUGACUGGAUGAGAGACCGAGCCAUUGCUUACUCUGAGGAGCUUAGGAAGGUGAAUGUUGACGCACCAGUUCUUGAAUACAAGGAUGCUGUUCAUGAAUUUGCAACUCUUGACAUGCUUCUGAAGACCCCACAGGCUCAGGCUUGUGCUGAGGACAUUGCCAUCUGGGUCAAGAAGUACAUUUCACUUCGAGGGCAUGAGUUCUCUUAUUAACGGGAUAGCAUGUCAACAAAAAGGUUGCAGCAAGAGAAUCAUUUGCCUGUGUUACGUUACACAGUGAGAGAGCACUGAGCUGCACAAUUACUUGGGGUUGUAUAAUGACGGGGUUCUAUAAUUAUUUCAUUGGUUGUUUCGGGGAAAUGUAACUGCUGGGUUGUUCCUCACCUUUUUUUUUUUUUUUGACUUGUCCUGUCAAGUUCCUUUUUUUGUAAGAUAUAGAUCUUUUUCUGAGAUUAGGAUAUAGAGUUGUGAGAUGAAAUUAUCUCCUGUUCGAAUUUGGCCACAUUAGGACAUUCUCGGAUGGAAUUUUUCCCCCAUGUAUUAAAAUGUACUAUUGCACAUGAACAGAGUUGAUCAAUGAAAAUCUCUCUGUUUCCUCUA